CCUAUCUCUUUUAAGUAUACGGGCAGCCUAAUACAGGGAAAUUUUACUUAAAACUUUUGGGGCAAAAAUAAUACUUGGCUCAAAAUGACUAAUAUUCUACAUGAUGGAAGCCAUAUUGGUUUUCUCAGGACACUUGCAUAUAUAAACGGUAAACUUCAUGGUCAAUGUCAUAGUCUCAUCGUCAGUCCAAAGAAUAACACUCGAUAGCACCAUAAUGUUAUUCUCGCAGAUUUUGUUUUUGUCCUUUGCUGUCAGUGCAUGGACAGCACCACAUUCAGCGAUAAAAUAUUCUUCAUCUGUAAACGAAGGAGGUCCUGAACCAAUUCCAUCGGAUGAUAUUACUAUCAAUGAUCAGACAAUUAGUGUCACAAAGCCACUAAAGCCCAUCGCAGAAGUUUUAGAUCCAUAUCACCGAGGAAUUAAAGUUAUUCAUACAAUUGCUAAAAAAAACUUCUAUGGAUUGUCCAAAAAAUUAUCUCAAAUAAAUUCAUCACCUAUGCGAUAUCAAAUAAAUCCUACUAAAAAUCUUAUCAAUUCAAGAGUGAGUGCACCUUUUCUACUGUUCCAACGAAGACCAUUAUAUGUAGUACCUUUAAGUGUUGUUCAAGGACAAUUAAGUUCUUCUUCAUCAGUUCAGUCUUCAAACCAUCCAUCAGAUGGGAAUCGAUUGACUCAAAAAACUAUGAAAAAUUUAAUCCAAGGAUUUCUCUCAGCAAUAACCAACCAAGAUAACGUAAAAAGUACUACAGUUAACCCAGAACUCAGUGACGAAUUAUCAGAAUCUGGUGAAAAUCAAAGUGGAUCAACAAUGACAACGUCGACGACUGAAGAUUUACAGACAACGACAGCUAUACCAACCGAGUUUGAAUCCACUACUACUUUUGAAACGACAUCUGAGAUUCCUACUACAAAAAGUAAAGAUGAAGAAAUGAUACUUUCAACUAUUCAACCAGAAUUACUGGAUCAAAAUGCAGAAAUUGAUGAAGCCGUAGCUUUUAAUAUUGACGGUGGUAAUAUUUCAUCAACUCAAGAGAGUGCUACCCAGUCACCGAAGAUCAAUAAGGACAACUUUUACGUAAUUUACGGAAGACCCACAUUGACAAAGAAAGAUAAUUCGUUGUUAUUAAACGCAAAUAUUGGAGUGGCAGUGUCUUUAAAUGGAUCGAACAUUGACUGAAGUUGUUGUAAAAGUUAAUAAUAAUUGCAGUGACUCAAAUAAAAAAGUUUAUAACAAUCUCCAGUA